UGCAGCAAGAUGUGUGGCGGGGCGGAAGUUGUUAUUGGGAUGAAAGUUACACCUUGCAGCUGCUGAUGUGCUUUUCCUUUCAAAAUAAUUCAGAGGAGUCUACAGCUAAGCUGAACACUUGAUGGAAGUUCUCGUUAUUCAUUUAGACGGGUGUUAGGGGUCUUUUAAACAGACUGCCGUCUCUAUAAAGAACAAAGGCUCAUUGAGUCUUAGCGGCAUCGGCUAACAUCUGAAUGCAUGGAAAUCUCAGGCUAACUGACACUAUUUAAUGCUGUCACCAUGCCGUCUUACGAAGAAUGGAGAAAAACCAAUCACUUCUAUUAUUUCGUUAAAUUCUCUUUAAAUGUCUAUUCAAUGCUGUUCUCGCUGCUCGGUCUGUGUGUGCUCUGUAUCGGAGUGUAUGCAGAAGUGGAGAGACAGAAGAAUCGCACCCUGGAGGGGGUGUUUUUGGCUCCUGCUGUGGUUCUUAUACUGCUGGGUCUCGUCAUGUUCACAGUGUCUGUGAUGGGUAUGGUGGGAUCCCUCAGGGACAACAAGACUCUGCUGCACAUGUUCCUGUGCGUGGUGUGUGUUCUGCUGGCUCUCCAGGCUCUUGCCCUCAUCAUUGCCCUGAUUUUUGAAAAGACGACAAUCAAAUUGUUUCAGAAUAGUAUACGAGAAGGAAUCAAGCACUACUAUGAUGACCUGGACUUCAAGAACAUAUUGGACUACGUGCAAAAAAAGUUUUCUUGUUGUGGAGGCGAUGAAUACAAGGAUUGGGAAGUAAACCAGUAUCACUUCUGCAAUGGCACGAGUGCGUUGGCCUGCGGUGUUCCCUACACCUGCUGCAUCCGUCAAAGUGUUGGAGAAGUUGUGAACACACUCUGUGGCUACAAAACUCUCAACCAGCAGCGUGAAACUUUAGAUGGAAUAAUUCAUGUCCGUGGCUGCAUCCAUGCUGUGAACCUGUGGAUGGGGGACAAUAUUGGAGCUACUAUUGGAAUUUGCUGUGCGGUUGGACUACCACAGCUUCUUGGUAUUCUUCUGAGCUGUGUCUUCUGGAAUCUUUUGGUGGAGAUGAGUGAGUUUCAAGACGUGGUGGACUUUAAGAUCAGUUUUAAGUACAGCGAACUGGACCUCGUGGGAGCUGGAUGGUGUAUGUGUCUACCUCGUGACGGAGGCUACCUGCCGGUUCCUGUAGCAGAGCCUGACACCUGGGCUCCAGACCCCAUCCCUUUUGACCUGGAACAAGAACAGCCCAAAAUAGCCCUUCCAUUUUCCCAGCUGGGGAGCCAAGGAGCACAAUCAGGUAUGGGAAUGGAUGAAGUGGACAAUCGAGCUUAAGAACCACAAAGAAAAAGAAGCAGCAUCUUAAAUAUGUAUAUUUAUUAAUUUAAUUGUGAUUUUUGUAUAUAAAAAGUUUACCCUUUCACAAUGUGUUAAGAUAAAGCCUGUUGCACUACCUGUUGAUACAAAUGUUUUUACGCAUGAAAAAAGGAGAAGUUUGUAUAAAAUGUUUGGUUAUAUCAAGGUAGUAGAUCUCCACAUGCUUGUAUUUAUCAAACUUUUUAUAACAUCACUUUAAAUGCUGUUUACACAGUCCAUCGUUUUUCACCAUUUAAUCCAUUUUGUGUCUUAUGGGAUUAAGGGAGCUUGUUUUAUUCGUCAUUUUGUUAUAUGUAAUAGUUCAUGAGGUGCAUAGAAAGGAUUUUAUGAACUAAUUGUUGGCAAUCAGGUUUUUAAAUGUUUUUUUUUAUGAUUUUAAUAUUUAAUUUAGGGAUAUAUAUUACAAUGAGUUGAGGGAAAUUCAUAGCUUUGCAAUUCGUCAAAGAUUAUCAAUAUUGUGACUGGCAAAUGAAGCUGGGUAUUCAUAUCUAGUAUAGAUUGUUUCUAAAACGUUUUAUGCACAUUUUUUAUUGUUUUAUAUUAAACUAAUGUCAUGAAUGCAACUUUCAAAAAAAAAAGGAACACGUAGGAUUAUUAUGGAUCUGCUUUCUAUUUUAAAAGGGCAUGUGGAUUGAGUAAUGCUGAUGUUCUUUCUUAACGGCAAUACUGUAAGUACCAAUGAAAUGCCUUAAUUACAACAGAAGCUUUUUUUACCCGGAGUACCUCAGGCUAUUCUGGAAUAGCCCCAUUCAUUUGUAGGUGGGAUUCUUUUAAAACGAAGGGAUACCUGGCCUAGUGUUUAACAGUACUUCAAGUUUCAUUUGUCUUUAAUGUUCAUAAUUAACAUUUAGCUGUCAUAAACUGCUGUUUUAAAUGUGUAGUUCAUGUUUCACCUUUAUUACUGUUUGGAAAGAUUGAAAAAAAAAGUUUAGCUUGAGAGUUGUCAUAAUUACCCUUUUCAUAAACCCUUUUAGUUGUCAGCAGUCAUUUUGAAAUGCCUCACAAUCACACCUCUUUGCUAAUAGAGCUUUUCAGGGUGUUGCUAAAGAUGGACUGCUGCGCUCCAUCAAAUGUAGCUCUGGUUUUGUAGAAACGUUAAUGUGACUUGCAAUAAAAUUUGCUUGAAUUAACCUUUUAAA